UGUUGUAAGUACAUACCCGCAGGAAGGAGUCGUGGAGGAAACAUGGCGUUGAAUGUUAAGCUCACACCGGAGGCUGUGGAUAAGUGUAACCGGUUUGUGCUGUUAGCCUGGCUCAAUGAAUCUCUGCAGACCAAAUUCACACAGGUGGAGGAAAUAUGCUCAGGUGCUGUGUACUGCCAGCUGAUGGACUGGCUCCAUCCCGGGUCUCUGGACCUGGCACAGGUGAAAUUCCAAGCUCAGGAAGAGGCGGAGUUUAUCCACAACUACAGCCUAUUGCAGGCCAGCUUCACGAAGAUGGGAGUGGCCGAGUCUGUCCCAGUGGAGGACCUGAUCAAGGGAAAAUUCCGUGACAACUUCAGUUUUCUCAAGUGGUUCAAGAAGUUCUUUGAUGUGAAUGACUCUGGCCAGACCUACUCCCCGCUGGAAGCCCGUAAUGGCCAGAGCAUAUUGGCUGUGAAGUUGUCUAACAGGGCUCCCCUAACCAGGAGUCUUGUGGACCAGCCCGCACUGGGGAUGAGGUCUGAGGAGAGCCCCAAGCAAGCCCCGAACAAGACCAGGAAGCGUAUCGUCUUCCAGGAAGCCUGGCAGGAGGAUUACAGUUGGGUGGAGCCCAGUAAAAUGGGCGACACCUACGCCUACUGUCCGCUGUGCCACAUCAACCUCAACAUCAACCACAGCGGCGUGAUGGACCUGAAACGGCACAACCAGAGCAAGAGGCACCGCGUUAACGCCAAGGAGACGGGGACCCCCGCGGCCCCCGACUCGCUUCCCUGCAGCGAGGCCACGCUGAGGUUCAUCGAGAAGUACGGCGCGGGCUCGGACGCGCUGCGGAAGGGGCGGGGCGACGGCGGAGGAACCGAGGGCGCGGUCUCCGCUCGCGCCGCGCGCCACGUGCUGGGGGCCGGUUACCCGGGCGACCUGGCGGCGGCGUGCGCGGAGACGCCGUACGCCGUGUACCUGUACCGCGGGGUGGAGCUGCCGGGCGGGGCCUCCGCGCACUGCGCCCUGCUGCUGGGGCUCUUCGACGAGGCGGCGGGCCGGCGCCGGGUCCGGCUCCUGGACGUGGUGCGGCCCGAGGCCCGGGAGGACGGCGGCGGCGGCGCCGACCCGGUUUCCGCCGUUUCCGCCGGCCUGGCGGAGACGCUGCGGCGCUUCCAGAUCCCCGCGCACAAAAUGGCCGCCUUCUACGUGGACGGCGAGGCGGAGAGCGCGGAGCAGGUCGGCGCGCGGCUCCUGGAGCUCAGCCCCAAGGCCGUGCCGCUGGCCGGGCUCUACGGGCUGGCCGACCGGGCCUGCCGGGCCGGCAUGGCGGCGCUGACCGGCCCCGCCACCAAGCUCAUCGCCGACAUCCACCAGCACUACUCCUCGGCCUGCACGGCCGCCAGCGGCCGCCUGAAGGAACUGCCUGAGCUCGUGCGGAACAUGCUGGAGAUGUGGGCCGACCUGGUGUCCUACUUCACGUCGCGCGCGGCCGGAGACGAGGCGGCGCGGGCCAUCCGGGCGCGCCUGGAGGAGCCGGGGAACAGGGCCACGCUCGCCUUCCUGGCCCACGCCCUGGAGCCCCUGUGCGCCUUCCAGGAGCUGCUGAAGGCGGGCGGAGACGGGGCGGGGCGGCGGGCGGAUCUGCCCGACAUCCUUUGGGGCGCCAGCGGCCUCCUGCGGCAGUACGCCGCCCGCCUGCUGCGCCCGCACGCCGUCGCCAAGUACCUGAAGGGGCGGGACCCCGGCGUGCUGGCGAACAGGAAGUUCCACCUCCCGGCGGGCGAGCUGGACGUGGGCGUCGGCGCUCAGGACCUCCCGGGCGCGGCUGGUCUGGCGGAGGAGGCCGUCUCCUUCUACGCGGCCGUGCUGGGCGCGGUGGCGGCCAGUCUGCCGCUGGCCGACGGCGAGCUGCACGACAUGGCGUGCCUCCUGAGCCCCGCCCGGCGCCUGCAGCUCAACGCCCGGGUGGUGGGCGGCCUGGGCGCCCGGCUGGGCCUGUGCGGGACCCCGGCCCUGGCCGCCCAGCUCACGCAGCAGCUCCAGGAGUACCAGCUCGCUGAGAGGGAGGACUCGGGCCAGGACCUGCCCUUGGAGCAGCACUGGGGGGCGGCGCUGAGGGGCAUGGGGCGGGACUCCGUCUUCAGGAAACUCAUCCUGACACUGCUGGCCCUGCCCUGCCCGCCGCUGGGCCUGCAGGCGGUUUUCUCCCAGGCCCUGGAGAAUGGGGAUUCCGCUCUAUUGGAUGAGGUUGAGGCGAGCAAGCUGGACCUGACCAAUGAUAGUAUUCUCUCUGACAUCACGCCUUCCUCUCCUCUCCAAAAUGGCGGCACCAACAGCUCCCCGAGCAGCUCUUCAUACGUCAGCAGCUCCACAGACGCAGUGAAACCGUGUGCUGUGAUCCUAGAGAAGAUGCCGAAGCCGCACGCUGAGGCGGUCUUCAUUGAGGAUGACAUCGUCUGGUCUACCUCUUGUGAGGAGGGCGCCGUUAGGGGGAUUUGUGGCUGGGAAUGCAGUCUCCGGCAGAGGCCUCGGGCUCGAACGCUGUUUCAGGCAGGGGUUGGGACCUGGGGGAGCCUGGAGAAGGACAGGAACGCCCCCGCAGCGGACCCUGCUGGGAGACGAGAGACGUCCUUCACGUCCACCCCCAACACCACUGCCACGCCAAGCCCCAAACGCUCCAAGAAGUCCUACCCGUACCAGGAUGAUAAGGGGUUUAUGUUGGGAGAGCUGGUCUGGGGGAAAGUGAAGGGGUUCUCCUGGUGGCCGGGCCUGGUCAUGGGGUGGCGGUCCAAGCAUGUCCCACCGGGCAUGCGUCGGGUGGAGUGGUUCGGAGACGGAAUGUUCUCUGAGAUCUACACGGAGCGUCUCCUGCCAUUUUCCGCCUUUUCCAAGUGCUUCUGUUCAAACUCCUUUUCCAGCCUGCCCGCAUACAAGGAUGCUAUCUACCAGGUCCUAGAGCUGGCGAUGGACAGGUGUGGGGAGGUGCUCCCAGUCGGGAAGGAGGUGGGGAAGGAGGAGGAGCUUAAGGUGAUGAUGGACUGGGCCUUGGGCGGGUUCAAGCCCACCGGACCCGACGGCUUCCGGCCCCCCCCGGAGGCCUACGAGUCCCAGGAAACGUCUCUGUCUGACGACCAGCCUCCUGCCAAGAGGAAGUACAUGCAAAAGACCAGACAUGUCUCUGACCAAGUCUUCAACAGAGAACACUUGGUACAGGAAGUGCAGAAGAAGGGCAAGAGCAUCGAAGAUUUCUGCCUGUGCUGCGGGAAUGUGUACAUAGAGAUCUUCCAUCCGCUCUUCGAGGGAGGCUUAUGCCUCAAAUGCAAGGACAACCUGAUAGAGACUCUGUACCGCUACGAUGACGACGGGUACCAGUCGUACUGCACCGUGUGCUGCGCAGGCCUGGAGGUCAUCCUGUGUGGGAAUAACAACUGCUGCCGGUGCUACUGUAAGGACUGCCUGAACGUGCUGGUGGGCCCCGGGACCUUCGAGCAGCUGAAGGACGUGGACCCCUGGAGCUGCUACCUGUGCCUGCCCUCGCAGCGCUACGGGCUGCUGAAGCCCCGGCCCGACUGGAGCGUGCGCGUGCAGGAGUUCUUCGCCAACGAGAGCGCCAUGGAGUUCGAGCCCCACAGAGUGUAUCCCUCCAUCCCUGCCAACCAGCGGAGGCCCAUUAAGGUGCUGUCCCUGUUUGACGGCAUUGCCACAGGUUACCUGGUUCUGCGUGACCUGGGCUUCAAGGUGGACCGGUAUAUUGCCUCGGAGAUCUGCGAGGAUUCCAUCGCUGUGGGCAUGAUCAAACACGAGGGCAGGAUCGAACACGUUAACGACGUGCGGAGCAUAACCAGAAAGCAUAUAGCUGAGUGGGGCCCCUUUGACCUCCUGAUUGGUGGGAGUCCGUGCAACGACCUCUCUAUGGUGAAUCCUGCACGGAAGGGCCUCUUUGAGGGCACCGGCAGGCUGUUCUUUGAGUUCUACCGACUGCUGACCAUGAUGAGGCCUCGGGAGGAAGAUCCCCGCCCCUUCUUCUGGCUGUUUGAGAACGUGGUCGCCAUGGGCAACCGCGACAAGGCCGACAUCUGCCGCUUCCUGGAGUGUAACCCAAUUCUGAUUGAUGCGGUGAAAGUGAGCCCCGCCCACAGAGCUCGGUACUUCUGGGGUAACCUUCCUGGAAUGAACAGGCCUCUUGCUACAACCCUCACUGACAGUUGCUACCUUCAGGGCUGCCUUGAGAUUGGGCGAAUAGCCAAGUUUGAGAAAGUCCGCACCAUCACCACUAAAUCCAACUCCAUCCGACAGGGGAAGUCCGAGACUCUCCCCGUCAUGAUGAACGGGAAGGAGGACUAUCUGUGGUGUACAGAGAUAGAGAGGAUUUUCGGUUUUCCCAAGCAUUACACGGACGUGAACAACAUGGGCCGGAGUCAGCGGCAGAAGGUUCUGGGGCGGUCGUGGAGUGUCCCUGUGAUCCGGCACCUGUUCGCCCCUCUGAAGGACUACUUUGCCUGCGAAUGAGGGAGGCACAGCCUCACCCUCCCUAACCUUCCGUAUCCCUCCGCCCAGCCAGUUGCUAGGCGAUAGCAGCAGCAGCAGCUGAGGCCUGGGGAGAACGUACCCUCCCUUAGCAGCCGUAGGUCAGGCCUGCCUUGCGUCUGCAUGGUGACGACCGGGCGCUUAACUGAGAUGCGUGUGCGUGGAUCGCCCCCCGACUGCGUGGAGGGAGUGUUGCGCGUUAUGCGUUUGUCCCUUGUGUCAUGGAAUCGUAUGAUUUCAACGUUCUCGGUUGGGCGGGUGAAUCAGUUGCUGC